AUGGUUAAUUUUGAGUAUAACUCUUACCUCCUUGCUUUGACAAUUGGCGACUUCAUUUUAGCGACUCUUACCGUUCUUGGAAAUCUUCUUCUUCUCACCACCAUUAAAUUAGAUCCUGUGAGAUGUCUUCGAACACCCGCCACCUAUUUAAUCGCAAACUUAUCUCUAAGUGACUUAUUUGUCGGACUUAUUAUUGGUUAUGGCCGUGGCUUGGUUGGAUGUUUCAUGUAUAAAGACGAGACCCAACCUUCUUGGAUUAACUUAGCUAUAAACGUCGCAGGAGGGGCAUCCAUUAUCAACGGCAUAUGGACAGUUAUUGCGAUGGCGCUUGACCGUUACAUAGCAGUUACCGAUCCUUUCCAUUACAACGAGCGAAUAACAGGACGAAAAGUCCACACAUACAUCUUUGUUAGCUGGGUAAUGGCCACGACGUUGACUGCGUUCUAUCCUUUGGCAGGACAAAUCUGGGCAGUCAUUUUAUUGGUGUUCUCCCACACACAUUUCACAAUUCCCGUGUUUGUCUUGCUGUUUGUUUAUUGUCGAAUUUUUUGCUCACUCUCCGCAAGAAGAUACGAACUUCAACGUUUAACAACAUCGCUCUCCACAAUAACUCUACGGCAUGCCCUUGAGAGAGAGCGGAAAAUGGCGCUGACUUCGUUUGUCAUUUUGAAGUUGUUCUGUGCUUCUUUUUUGCCCUUUUAUAUUAAGAUUCAGCUGUUAAAUUUCUGUAGUUGUCAGGAUACUAUGGCUUUCCGAAGGUUUGACUUAAUAAGUCAUACUUUCCUUUACUUAUCUUCGUUUGCGAACCCUUUUAUGUAUGCUUGGCGGGUGCCAAAAUUUCGACGAUCGUUACAAGAGUGCCUUCACAUUAAGAAAAGAAAUAGUGUACGCCCCAUAAACAUCAACUAA